GCCGCCGAACGCUCCCUCGCUCGUCCGAAUUCGGUGGCGCCACGUCCGCCGAUCUCCGCCUUCUUAUCGGCGACUUGGGCGGCUUCCGCCUCGACACCUUCCACUCGCUGAACGGGCCGUGUCGUGAGGGGCCAGGGACUGGGAGUCGGCGGCUGUGCGCAUCCUGGCCACCUAAAAGGUGAAGAUGUCGGACAUCGGGGACUGGUUCAGAAGCAUCCCGGCCAUCACUCGCUACUGGUUCGCCGCCACUGUCGCGGUGCCCUUGGUCGGCAAACUCGGUCUCAUCAGCCCGGCCUACUUCUUCCUCUGGCCUGAAGCCUUCCUCUAUCGCUUCCAGAUUUGGAGGCCAAUCACUGCCACCUUUUAUUUCCCUGUGGGUCCAGGAACUGGAUUUCUUUAUUUGGUCAAUUUAUAUUUCUUAUAUCAGUAUUCUACACGUCUUGAAACAGGAGCUUUCGAUGGGAGGCCUGCAGACUAUUUAUUCAUGCUCCUUUUUAACUGGAUUUGCAUCGUGAUUACUGGCUUAGCAAUGGACAUGCAGUUGCUGAUGAUUCCUCUGAUCAUGUCCGUACUUUAUGUCUGGGCCCAGCUGAACAGAGACAUGAUUGUAUCAUUUUGGUUUGGAACACGAUUUAAGGCCUGUUAUUUACCUUGGGUGAUCCUUGGAUUCAACUAUAUCAUCGGAGGCUCGGUGAUCAAUGAGCUAAUUGGAAAUCUUGUCGGACAUCUUUAUUUCUUCCUAAUGUUCAGAUACCCGAUGGACUUGGGAGGAAGGAAUUUCCUGUCUACACCUCAGUUUCUGUACCGCUGGCUGCCCAGCAGGAGAGGAGGGGUGUCAGGAUUCGGUGUGCCCCCCGCCAGCAUGAGGCGGGCUGCUGAUCAGAAUGGCGGAGGUGGGAGACACAACUGGGGACAGGGCUUUCGGCUUGGAGACCAGUGAAGCAGCGGCCUCUGGCCUGCCCACCAGCCACUCUGCUCAGAUGAAGUCUCCUCCCAGUGCUGGGCGUGCUUAACCACCGAGUUCUAGCAAACGCUGUUGGACCUGACCCACACUGAAUGUAGUCUUUCAGUACAAGACACAAUUUUUUAAGACCUGAAGAAAAAUAUAAGUGUUCCUCAAGUUUCGUGAUUUUCAUUCAAGUCCUUACUGCUACGAAGAACAAAUAUCAACUGUGCAAAUUUCAGAACUGACUCUCUUUUUUGGUGUCUUCUCUUCCUUUUCUGUCUCAAUAACGGGUUUUGGCAGGUCCUGGUCUGCUGGCACCAAACUGGGAAUCUGGGGUUGGGUCACUAAACCCUUGGCAAAGGGACUCUUACCUCUUUCUUGCACACCUGCCUCCCUCCUUCUUUUUCCAACCCCCACGUUUGCAGCUGGGGGAGGUUGCCCCUGAGAUGGUUCUGCCUUUGACAAGCUCUCUUAUUUAUUGACUUUUGCCAAGGCUUGGGCUCAAAGAACUUGUCCACCAUUUUCUCCCCUUGGUGGCAGAACUAUAACAAUAGGGGAAAAGACUGGACCAGCGGUUGGAGAGCUUUCUCUUUUGGAAUUGCUGGGACCCGAUGUCAGUUGUGACCAUUUGCCACUGCUACAGGUGUUUUUUAUUAAAAAAAAAACAGCACCACUAGGCCAUGAGGACACAGAUUGGUGUUAAUGAGGCAUAGGUUGUUGCUAGGCAUUUUCUUCCUUAAGCGAGGGGAUCACAACUUCAGUGGAGCUGCGUCUUGCACGGGGCCUAGGUGCAAACUGUGUGAGGGAUAGUCCCUUUGCAUCUCAUGUAGGGCAUGCUGGCUUUGCGUGUCCCUGGAGUAGUGGGGUGUGUUGUGCUAGGAAAUUCCAAAUCACACGUGCCCCGGGGAGUCGCUCUCUUUGAGAGGCACCUGGGCAUCGGUUCCAUUUCAUUCUCAUUCUGGAUAUAUGUUUAUUGAAUAGUGUGGAGUGAGAACCUUAUACCCUAUUUAAAUUGUCUUUUUUUUUUUUUUGCCUCUCCCGCCACCUUGAAUGGCCACAUGCUUCAGUUAAUGGUGAGGACACAGUUCCUCUGUACAUAGGUCAUAUUAUAAGAGCUAAUAUAAGCACAUCUAAGUGAAUCACAUAAUUUUGGGUUGUAAUGGCUUUAGAAUCACUUGUGUUUGAGGGUCUUUAUUUUGAGCCAUGAAUGUAGAAGUCAUGAAUGUACAUCAGACCAGCUUAAAUACCCACAACUUUUUUUUUCCCCCGUAGGGGCUUUUUCCAUCAGAGCUAGGC